UGUUCCAUAGAAUCGAAAGCUACUCUGUAAUAAAUACGAUGGGGCUCUGUUUUGUGUUUAUAUUGACAAGAGUUACACGUCUAUCGUAAAGGUUGGUAGAGGGCAAGGAGCGACAACACAACAAGUGAAGUGCAAGAGAAGGUGCCAAAUUAACAGAAAAAGACAAUGACUGAAACGCCGCAGUCCUUCCUCCAAACGGCAAAGUUCUUUAUCUACGCCUCGGGAAUAUUCUUUCUUUAUUUCUAUUACGGGAUUCUACAGGAAACCAUAACUCGCACUCGAUAUGGGGAGGAGAAGGAAAAAUUCACCUAUUCUCUUGCACUCGUAUUUUGCCAGUGCAUCGUCAAUGCUAUAUAUGCAAAGAUAAGUAAUUUUUUCCUCGACCAAGGCGAAGACACCACUCGCCGUGUCUACUAUGCAUCCUGUUCCCUCACCUACCUGCUGGCCAUGGUUGCCUCCAAUAUAUUGUUGAUUUAUGCAAAAUUCUUUCCCCAGGUUGUAGGUAAAUCUUGCAAGCCCAUUCCUGUGAUGGUUCUUGGUGUUAUAUUAGGCCGUAAAUCCUAUAGUUGGAAGAAAUAUGUCUUCAUCUUAAUGAUUGUUGUAGGUGUGGCACUAUUUAUAUACAAGGAUUCAAAGGCAACUGCAUCAACAGCAGGUGGUGGAAUAGGCCUUGGUGAAGUGCUCUUGGUGCUCUCCUUGACGAUGGACGGCCUAACAGGUGCUGUUCAGGAAAGGAUGAUUGCCGAGUCCAAGACGAAGUCAGGCCACAUGAUGCUCAACAUGAACCUCUUCUCGAUUGGUUACCUUGCCGUUGCACUGCUUGUAACUGGUGAGCUGUUCACUUUCGUUGCAUUUGUGCAGCGUUUCCCUGAAGUCAUGACAAAGAUGCUGAUCUUCAGUGUCUGCAGUGCUCUUGGCCAGUUUUUCAUUUUCCUGAUGGUGAGCGAUUAUGGCCCAUUACCUUGCUCCAUCGUCACUACAACACGGAAGUUCUUCACUGUGCUGGGUUCAGUCAUUUUCUUUGGCAAUGAGCUCUCAAACAGACAGUGGGGUGGAACUUUCCUUGUGUUUUCAGGUCUCACCCUGGAUGCCAUGUACGGGAAGACACCCAAGAAAGAGAUUAAGGAUGGGAAGGCGAGCAAAGAGUGAGAAAUAGAAAUUUAGGGCAUUGAAGUUGUAUGAAGAACAUAAUUUGAAGAAGCUAACAAGGCUAACAAGUAUAGAAGACAAGUUCUGAGAAGGCAGACAGGAAUGCAUUCAAGUUGCAAAAUUCUGAUAUCCACUUUAGUUGGGCAUGGGUUGUGUUCGUUGUUGUAGGACCAGUGACUCCUGUAACUAAUCUAUUUAUCUAUAAGGGAUAUAAUAUGGAGUGUUCAGUAUUAGUUUUGUUACUGGUAGAUGCCAGAAAGAUGAUAUGAGUCUAUCAUAAAUUUGUUCUAUCUUAAUUUUUUUUUUCCAGUUGAUCAGGAGUUAAUUUGUUAGAGAU